GUGGGCUCCCAGGGGGCCCGAGGCCACGCGGAGGAGCGUCUCCUGAAGGACCUGUUCGUCAGCUACAACAAGCUGUCCCGGCCCGUCGCCAACACCUCCGACGUGGUGCUGGUCCGCUUCGGCCUCUCCAUCGCCCAGCUCAUCGACGUGGAUGAGAAGAACCAGAUGAUGACGACCAACGUGUGGGUCAAGCAGGAGUGGAAUGACUACAAGCUCCAGUGGAAACCGCAGGACUACGAGAACGUCACGUCCAUCCGCAUCCCGUCUGAGAUCAUCUGGAGGCCGGACAUCGUGCUCUACAACAACGCCGACGGGGACUUCGCCGUGACCCACCUGACCAAGGCGCACCUGUUCCACGACGGCCACAUCAAGUGGACGCCGCCGGCCAUCUACAAGUCGUCGUGCAGCAUCGACGUCACCUUCUUCCCCUUCGACCAGCAGAACUGCAAGAUGAAGUUCGGCUCGUGGACGUACGACCGCGCCAAGAUCGACCUGGUCAGCAUGUCCAACCAGGUGGACCAGAUGGACUACUGGGAGAGCGGCGAGUGGGUGAUCAUCAACGCCGUGGGCAAGUACAACACCAAGAAGUACGAGUGCUGCAUCGAGAUCUACCCGGACAUCACCUACUACUUCAUCAUCCGCCGGCUGCCCCUCUUCUACACCAUCAACCUCAUCAUCCCCUGCCUGCUCAUCUCCUGCCUGACGGUGCUGGUCUUCUACCUGCCCUCGCAGUGCGGCGAGAAGAUCACGCUGUGCAUCUCGGUGCUGCUGUCGCUCACCGUGUUCCUGCUGCUCAUCACCGAGAUCAUCCCGUCCACCUCGCUGGUGAUCCCGCUCAUCGGCGAGUACCUCCUCUUCACCAUGAUCUUCGUCACGCUCAGCAUCAUCAUCACCGUGUUCGUGCUCAACGUGCACCACCGCUCGCCCAAGACCCACGGCAUGCCCCACUGGGUGCGCCGGGUCUUCCUGGACGUGGUUCCCCGCGUCCUCUUCAUGAAGCGCCCGCCCACCACCGCCAAGCAGAACUGCAAGAAGCUGAUCGAGAUGCUGCACCGGCCCACCGUCAACGCCACGCCGGGCAGCUCCCAGUCGCUGUGGGCCAACAUGGACACGCGCGUGGGCGUGAUGAACCAGCUGGUGGACUCGCUGUCCUCCUCGCCGUCCCAGAGCCCCGACAUCCUGGUGUGCUCGCCGUCGCCGCCGCCCUCCCCCAUGCUGGGUCUGGACCUGGGGGAGCACCCGCUGAAGCCCCAGCUCUCCCGUCGCUGCUCCCCCUCCUCCUCCUCCGGCGGCGGCGGAGGCGGGGGCGGAGGCGGAGGCGGCGGCCAGUACUCCGUGUUCCAGGACCGCUCGCGCCGGGGGUCCCGCUCCCCGUCCGGCUCCCUGGGGCCCACCCUGUCCCUGGGGCCCACCCUGUCCCUGGUGGCCCUGGCCGCGGCCCCCGGCCCCGAGCCGAAGCCGCUGGCGCAGAACGGCCGCUCGCUGAGCGCCGAGGGCGUCGCCGGCGUCGAGGGGGGCGGGCUCGCGGCCGACGUGCACCGCUGCCGCUCGGGGAGCUUCCAGUUCUGCUGUCUCCAUGACGACGCGGCGGCGGCGGCUGGCCCGGCCCGGGGGGCCGCCGGGGGGAGCAGGAACCCGGCCCUGAAGGAGCUCGCCGCGGAGGGGACCCCAGAGCCCGGGAAGGAGGCGGGGCUCCGGCCCGACUUGGGGAUCUCCGUGCUGUCCCCGGCCGUGCAGCGGGCCAUCGAGGGGGUGCAGUACAUCGCGGACCACCUCAGGGCGGAGGACGCCGACUUCUCGGUGAAGGAGGACUGGAAGUACGUGGCCAUGGUCAUCGACCGCAUCUUCCUCUGGAUGUUCGUCCUGGUGUGCAUCCUGGGCUCCGUCGGGCUUUUCCUGCCCGCCUGGCUGGCGGGAAUGAUUUAGCCCCCC